AUGAGUUAUGAUGCUAAGCUCUUUGAAACAUUAAAUGCGAGUGUUGAAUGCUGCAAUGGUGAGGGUUCUCUUACGGCGAAUCAAACCUUCCUAAGCAUCACUUUUGCAUUUAUUUGUUUUUGUAUGUUGUUUCUCUUUGUCUGGUCACUCUUUUCAAGCUACUAUCGUCGUUUCUUAACGAUGACGUUAGCCCUUCAGGCGGAUGUGUGUUCCCGCGCAAUAUCCAUUAUUCACUCUAUUAUUAUUGUACCCACACUUAUUGGUGGAAUUGCUUAUAUGAAUUGGGGAAAUUACUUUGAGCCUCUUGGCGAUGUCUCGUUUUUACAAGGAAUUCUCUGUAUUAGUAUUGGAUACUUUUUAUAUGAUACGGUGCUUUUAUUAUUAUACAGACCACCUCAAUGGUUGGGUUUUGCUAUUCAUCACAUAGUAGCAAGUAUUCCCUAUUUGAUUUACAUGUUUGCAUCCCCUUGUGGGUAUGGUUUGUUUAUUCUCGCUUGUUUCCUCUUAGUAGAGGCAACAAAUUUACCUCUACACGCACGAGCCACUUUGGAGGAAAAUGAUAUGAGUAACACAAAGGCUUACGCAGCUUCUUUAUAUGCUACCUUUGUAGGUUGGAUUAUAUUUCGUCUCGCCAAUCCAACAGCACUUCUUAUUAUUAUUCAUAAAUACAUCAUUCCAAGUAUUCCGAGUGGUCGCUUGGGGUGUAUUAUUCCAGGUGUUGUCUGUGCCUAUGUGAUUAACAUCUUCUGCUAUGCUGUGUUUGUUCUCAUUCUUUGUAAAGAAGUGUUACUGCGAUGGAAACGUUCUCCAUUGCCAGGUGAUGUGGCCCCGUCGGACUCCACACGCCCAGUGGAUUUAAAUACAAGCAGUUUAUCCGUGGAUGAAUUAAAUAUCGUGGCGGAGUGUCCAACACGUCUUCUUGUGUAUGAGGCACAAGAGACAAUACGGGAGCGAUUAGAUAAGAAUAGAGCAUCAGGGCGUCUUACGAUGGAAACAAAAGGUAGUUAUGAUACAGGUGUGCUACCUCCUUAG